UUGUAGCAAGCCUUUAAAAGGAAUAGGAUCAAAUAGGAGUUAUUAACUGCAACCCGUCACUGUUGCGGUUUAAAUGGACAUUGCACAGAAACACACUGAAUAGCAAAGAAUUUAUUUAAGAAAUUACAGUGUAAAGCUAAUAUUGUGACAAAAAUGGCAGAUCCAGAACUGGAAGCAAUAAAACAGCAACGAUUAGCUCAAUUACAACAACAAUAUAAGCAUGGAAAUAUUGAUAACAAACAAGCAAUGGAGGAGAAAAUGCAAGAGAUGGAAGAAAUGAGAAAUUCAAUUCUUAUACAAGUAUUAGAUCAAUCGGCCAGGGCAAGACUUAAUACGUUAAGUAUUGGAAAACCGGAGAAGGGAAAAAUGGUAGAAGAUAUGAUAUUAAGUAUGGCGCAACAAGGACGACUGCCUGGUAAACUAGGUGAGAAAGAACUUAUUAACUUACUUGAAAGUGUAAAUCAACAAACGCAACGAAAAACUGUUGUCAAGUUCGAUAGGCGAAGAGCAGCUCUAGACUCUGAUGAUGAUGAUUUAUAGUACUUUUAUAUAUGUUUUGCUAAUCGACAUUA